UCUUACUUUACUCAACUCAGCCAUUGCUCCAAGCCAGGGGAGAGCUUCCUCUGUAAUUUUUCUCCUCAGCAAUGGCGACUCUUCAUCAUUAUCUUCUUCCUCUGGCUUCGCUCCAAACGCUUUCGUUGUGGGUCACAAUGGUUCUGCUAAUCUCACACGCUCAUUCCCUCACCUGCUCCUCCCAAACGUUCGCCAACAAACUCUACUCCUACUGUUUAGACCUCCCAACUCUCAGCGGCUACCUCCAUUGGAACUACGACGCCGCAAACUCCUCUCUCUCCAUCGCUUUCACCGCUCCUCCGGUCAAACCCGACGGCUGGGUCUCUUGGGCCAUCAAUCCAACAGGAACCGGCAUGGCCGGAGCUCAAGCUCUCAUCGCCGUUAAACAAGCUAACGAUUCAGUCUCCGUCCAAACAUACAAGAUCAGUUCCUACAGUUCCAUCAUCCCAUCUAAGCUCUCGUUCGAGGUUUGGAACCUUAGCGCCCAUGCCGAAGGCGCUGAGAUCACGAUCUUCGCCACCGUUAAGGUGCCGGAGAAGGCGAAGACGCUGAACCAUCUUUGGCAGGUGGGUCCAGGGAUCAAUAAAGAAACUGGGUUUAUUCUUAAGCACGAUAUGAAUCCGGCGAAUCUGGCGUCCGUGGGGACAUUGAACUUGGUGGCCGGGACGAACACCAAUGCUACCACCGCCGCUGGUGCUGGACCAACUGGCUCUGUUCAUAGUAAUGGAGGCGUUUCGCUAGCUGGGAUGAUCGGCAACGUUAAGAAUUUGAUGGGUUUGUGUGUUGUUUCGAUUAUGAUUCUUGGGAAUGUAUUGGGCUUUUAGAUUUGGUGAAUGGUUGUAUUAUUCUUCAACAGGUGCAGAUUUGAGUGUGAUCUUCGACUUUUUUGUUGGGAGGAAUAAGAUAUCAAAAUGCAGAGAAGAAGAAAAGAAAAAAAUAUAAAAAUUUAUUUGUAUAUAUUUUUUUUAUCACAAAUAUAAAUUUAAU